AUGCUUGAUAUAUAGGUAGUGGAUUAGUAUAGCUUAUAUUCUCAUUUUUUAGAAUUAACAGCCCCAUAUUUUCCAAUUAAAAAUUUUUAAUUUAAAGACAAGAUAGGCAUACUUAAUGUUUAAUUUAAAAACUAACCAACAUACAAACCAUUAAUAUAUAUUUAUUUUUUGAGCACUAAUUCUUAUGAAGGAUAUAAAAAUACUGCAAGAUAAAGAUUAAUGAAAUAUUUUGAUGAUUAUCCAGCAAAAAAUAGCAUUAUUUUAUUUUUUCCAAGUUUAUUAAGAGUAGAUGAGAAAGUGAAUGUAAAAUUAAAUAAUAUUGAAUGAGAAAAUCCUCCAGUAGACUCAUGAGUUAAUUUGUUAAGACCUAUAGAUUGUAAAGCAAUUUCCAAAGGAAAAGGUUUAAAAAAUUAUUUUCUAUGAUUCAGAAAGAGAAUUGAAUAAAGAAUAAUGUAUGAGAGAAUUUUUAUAUCAUUUCUAAUUAUCAAUUUAAUAAUAUUUGGAGAGUUAAUUUGAUAUUUUGGAGAAUUAAAUUUAUGACUAAGAACAGUUAAUGUAUAAAUAUCUUAGUUGAUAAAUAGACAUGAAAAAUCAUUCAGUUUUUACAAGUUAUAUGCACUAAAAGAAAAAAAAGCAAAAAUAUAUGAAAACAUAAGUUUAAAAUAAGAAGCUAUAGAGAUCUAUGUAGAAUAAGAAAAACUGUUUAUGUAAUAAUACCCAAAAACAAUAUAACCCAUUUUUAAUGCUAUACAUCCUUUUGAUUUCCUAGUCAGAAAAUCUGUUGAAUCUAAUAUUAGAAAUUUUGAGGAAUCAGGAGAUGAAUCUCAAUCUACUAUUUUAGAUUAUUUAGUAUUGAUAUAAUAUAGGGUAUUUAUUAGAAUUAUUAAAGAUAAUUGAUUUGCUUUCAGGAGGAAAUUAAAUAUUUGGUGUUGAAAAGAUUUUGUAAUUUUCUGAAGAAAUUGAAUAAGUUGUUCAUUAAUAAAUUGAAAAAAAUAAAUAGAAGUAGCAAUUUAAUGCAGAUGAAGAAGAAUUAUGGGGGCUAGGAUUAUUAAUUUGGCAAUUUUUUAAUAUGGUAUUCAUCAAUUAUAUCAAAGAGAGGCAGCAUUAAUUUAAUGACUUCUGUUCCAUAGAAUAUAUCUGGAAAUCUAUUAUUGCAAUAAUUAUAAUCUUAGUUAAAAAUUAGAUUUUAAUUAUUAAAUAUUGUUGAGAAAUUAGGAUAUAUACUUUAUAAAAUUUAAUUUAAUCAUGUAAGAAGACUACCAUUAUCUGUAUAAUGUGAAUUAUUAGAACAAACUAUUCUUGAAUAAAUAAAUGAAAUUAAAUUCGAUGAUGUUAUUAUUACUAGAGAUAUUUAAUAAGAUCCUAAAGAAUUAUUUAAAACGUAUUUAUUAAGUGAUACUAAAUUGAAAGGUUAAAUUCACAAUUUACAUGAUUUUUCAGAAUUUUAUUGUUAAAUUGUAAAUGAUAUAAUUUCAAUUGCUAUACAAUUAAAUUUACAUAAAGUAAUAUUUGAAUAUUAAUUCAUGAUCUUGAAAUUGAAAAACGUAUAUCCUAAGUUAGAAUUAAAUUAAGAUAAUAUAGAUAAGGCUUUAAAAUAUAAUAAUAUUGAUUUUAAAAAUCUAAAUUCAAGUUUACUUGUUCAUAAAUUGAUAUAUUAUUAUAGAGAAAAAAUGGAAUUAUCAUUUUAAGAAACUUUUAAGGAUACAUUGUAAUCAAAUUUAUCUGGUUGUAGAUAUACAAAGCUUUUUUAAAUUUUAAAGCUUCCUUUAACUAAAUUGAAAUCAUCAUAUAUAGGAUAUUUUGAAACAUUUUAAGUUAGACGAAGAGUAUCUUAUAAUGACUUUGCAUUUAACUUUUCAAUAUUAAAAUAUUUGUAAGUUGAGUGCGAUGGAAUCUUUACAAUUACAUUAAAGAAUAAAGUAGUAAGUGUUAAAGAUAAAAAAAAGUUGAGAUUAACUUCUGACAUAAAAUAGUUGAGAGGAGAAAAGAAAGUUAACUUUGAGUUUAAAUAAUAAUUAAAUUCUAACUAAGGAGGCUUAUAUUCUAUUAGAAAAGUAACUUUUCUUUCAGGACCUUUUAAAUUAUACUUUGAUGUUUCUUAAAAAGUUUAACAAUUAAGAUUGCAUUUAAUGCAUCCAUUGAUAAAUAUCUAAAAUAUAGCAACUAUUACAAAUAUAGGAACUCCUAUCUUACUAUCAGUAAGUGAUUUACCAGUGGAAAUUACAGAAAUGGAAUUGACAAUAAUAUCAAAAGUUAAGAUUGCAUCAGAGUUAUUUAGUCUCAGAGGAUCAGCUAUCUCAUAAAAGGGUAAUACAUAUAAGGUUGUUGUUGAUUAACAUUUUUUAAUUUAACAUCCUUUUGUAUUAAUAUUAUAUGCCUUUGAAGAAUUCAAAGAUUAGCAAUUUAAAUUAAUAAUCAGUGUUAAAAAUCAUUAAUUUGCAACUAAUUUGAAAGUUGAUUCUAUAAAACUUCUUGAUAUUAUAGAUUUAUCUGAUAAAAUAGAUGAAGAUUUAGAAUUAUACGAAUUGCGUAAUAAUUAUAAUUAAAAUAUUUAAAUUGAUAAUGGAAUUAAUAAUUUAGAUUUAUAAUUUCGUAAUUCAAUCAGAUAAGUUGUCUAAAAAGGCUAAUGUAAUAAAUUUUAAUAUUCUAGUGAUUUUUAUUAAAUAAUCAUUUAAUUUCAAAGAAACAUUUUAGAAUUUAGGAGUUUUAGAUGACUCUUAUUUUGAAAAGUUAGAAGAAUUAUAUUGUAGACAGUAAUCAUUAUAAAAAAUCUUAAACAUAAAAAAAAGUUUAUAUGACAUUUAUUAAAUGAAGAAAAAAUCAAUAUUGUUUAAAGUUCAAUUUAUGGUAUUAGUGAAAUAAUAAUUAUUAGAGUGCCUUUAAUUAAGAAAGAUUUAUACCAUAUACACAAUCUGAUUAUUUCGAUAUGGCAAUAAAGAUUCAAUAUGUUGGAGAAGAUGAAGGGCUAUUUUAAUUUGAAUUAAUUUCUCAUCACCCUAAAUAGAAUAGAAAAUGGAAAGAUAGUAAAUAAUUAAAUUUAAAUAGCAUUAUCAUAAUAAAAAACUCUAAGUCUAAUGAAUUUUAAAUGUUUCCUUACAGGGACUGAAGAUUUUGAGAAGCCAUAAUUAAGGGUAAAUUUACUUAAAGAAGAUAAAUCAUAUGAAAUAGAUGAAAAAUACAUAGAUAAUGAAUUUACACUCAGCAUAAAUGAACAAUCCUUAUGA